UUUAUGAAAAUUUACAUAUUAUUGUUAGCAUUGGUGGCAACAUAGCAAAUGACUGUUGUCUUGUCCUUCUUACAAACUAACUAGUAUUAUUAUAAAUAUAGUUAGAGAGGAUGCUGUUAAUGUAGUUGAGAAUACAAAAGAAUUAAGCAAUGAGGAUGUUGAAGUCGAGGCAACAACUUUAGUGUCUUAGGAUGACAAUGCUUCUGUUACUUAAUUGUAGGAUUUAGAUGAUGUCCAAUUGAACACCGACAUUAACACUACCGAUGAAUCACAAUAAAUGUUAAAUCCAGAUGAUGAGACUCCAUAAAACAAUAUUGAAGUACUUACCUCAUGUAAUUUAGGUUGUCCAAGAAUAAGAGUAAGAAAAUUAUGAUGAUCUUCAAUCAUAAGAUCAAGACUUUUCAGAAUAAUUGUAAGAGGUAGAAGACAACAAUUAUGAUUAAUCAGAAUAAAACAAUGAGUACACUGACGAUACAUAAAAUGAACAAGAUGUUGCUUAUGAUUAGGUUGAAGCUUAGGAUGAUGUUUAACUGUAAUCCUAAACUGAUGAGCCUGCAGAAGUACAAGAGUAAUAAGAAACUGAUUAAUAUACUGAUGAACCUCAAGUUGAAGUUCAAUAGGAUGCUGAUGUCUAUGAUUAAGAUGUCAACAAUUCAAGUGAUGUUGAAAUUCAAUAGGCUGAAAAUGAAGAUGUGUAUGCUGAUCCUGAAACAGACUCAGUCUAAUAAUCUGAAGUUUAAAACGAAGAAAUAUAAUAACAAGAUACUGAAGCACAAGAUGUUUAAGUUGUAUUUGAGAAUGACUCAAAUGCAGAAGCAACAACUGAAUAAGAUGUCUAACAAGAUAACCAAGAAAGUGAAAACUAUAUUGAUGAUGUCCCAUAAGCUUAACAAGAGGAUGUUCAAUAAAAUGAAGUUGUCAAUUCUGAGUAAGAGAACAAUCAAUAAGAUCUUUCAGCCUAAGAGGAGACAAUUUAAUUCUAUGACUCACCAUCAAACUAAAAUUUGGUCAAUUAAGAAAUUAAAUUGAUUCCUGAUGAAGAAUCAAAUAAUGCAGAGGCAUAAAUUGUUGAUGAACAAUAAGUUGUCGUCAUUGAAAAUUAGACAUAAGAAGUGACUGAAGAAAAUAAUUCAGCAGAACCAGAAUCAAAUACUGUCUAGGUUGAUGAGAAUAACUCAAUUGAACCAGAGUCUAAUAACAGUUCUGAUCCAAAUGAUAUUAAUUUAGACAAUAAUGAUGCUUUAGUAAAGUAAAAAUUUCUGUAAUCUUAAUAAUAGUGAUGGUAAUGAUUGUGUCAUCAUAUACAACUAGUGCUAUUUCAAAGGUGAAUCAAUGAAAACAUGUGGAGAUCUCAGCUAAAUGAAGUAUAUAUGGGUUUAAUAUUAUUUAGAGAUUUCUAAUAUGAGAUCAGAUCUUUAUAAAUACCAUCUGGAACUACUUUGACAAUCUUUGAUCAUCCUAAUUUCGAAGGUUAGAAGCAUGUGUUCUCUCAAAGUGAAUAAUGUUUGACAGACGCUGUCUUCUUUGCUCAAAUGGUCUUCAAAAGGGAAUAAAAGUUCCUUGGUAACUAUUUCUGAUAAAGAUCAAAAAUAUUACAUAAAUUAUGUUAAC